AUGGAUCCCGUCACACAGUCAGACAGCCCCCUGUCCAUCGCAGCCAACGUCGCUGGCAUCCUCACCUUCAUCGUAGCCAUUGUCGCCGCCGCAUAUGUCAGAAUAACGUACCUCCGCAACAGCGACGAUGAGUAUUUCCGAGUAAAGGCGUCGCUGUCCUGGUACAAGACAGAGUCGACGUGGCUCUCCGAGCUGAUCCGCGCCGCCGGCGAGAGCUCACGUCACCAGAACCAAACAGAGUACGAGAUGUGCGCCUUCGUCAUGGACGACCUGGUGAAGCUGGAGCAGCGCAUCCUGGAGCUGGUGGCCGAGGCAGAGACCAAGGCCGCCGGCUCAGACACUGAGAAGCAAGGGUCGUCGUGGACCCUAGUUCCGAAAAGCUGGACCUUCACGACGAACGUGGCCAUGGCCUGGCUACCCGUCCGCACCAAGACGCUAGACCUGGUGCGGCAGAGGGAGGCGAUGACGGGCCGCGUCCAGUUCACACAGAUGAGCAUGAUUUCUUCGAGAAUUCGCGAUUUGGAGUCACGGGCGACGUGGACUGAGGCGAGAUCCGAAGAAAGCUUUAUUCGAAUGGAGAGCCAGAUUGCCGAGCAGAGAGCUCAUAUCCACCGGCUGGAAGAUCUCGUCUACCGUCUGAUGCACCGGAAGCGACUGUCGGCCGACUCACCACCGGUGGUGGACGACGUGUCGCGGCAAGCAUCGACCCCCUCGCAGCCAGGCCCUGAAGAGAAGAGAGGCCGCGAUCGAUGA